AACUGUACGGCACCCAGUUUACACGGCGAGUGUAAACUAACCGCGGGGACCAUUUGUUUUAUUUGUGCUCAAAGUGAUGUUGUGACCUAGCUUACUUCCUUUAUUUAGCUAGUAAGCUCGUUGGCUAACUAACUAGCAUUGCUGACGGAGAACUAGCAACUUAGUAGCGGGCUAGCUUCAGAGACCCUCCCAGCACUGUGGUGGCUAGCGAGGGUUAGCCACACUGCCUGACCGGGGUCACCUGGAGUCCUCUGUGGACAUGUGGUGGUCGUAACAACACCGGGUCCGCUACACAACAACCAGGGUGGAGGCAUGGACAUGGAAUUAGGGGGCAGCUAGCCGUUUCUCUACCAAAAAAAUGAAGACGACCUGGGCUCUGCAGGAGGACAGCUGUGUCUGCUGGACUGUCUGACUUCUUGUGGGCGUUGGACACAGAACAGGGGUUUGCUGUUGAAGCUUUGCAAGACUACAUGAGGAGAUCUGGAGGUAAACUUUGCCGGAGUUUGGGCCCCUCUUCUGCCACAGGGAUGAUACUGAAGACACUUCUGAUCACCGGCCUUCUUGGCUGGGCGAAAUGUCAAGAGAGCCAGAGUAUGACAGAGGAGGAGAUGACUGUUAUCAGGCACCAGAUUAUUGAAAUGUUUGACCACGCUUACGGCAGCUACAUGAAAUAUGCCUAUCCAGCAGACGAGCUGAUGCCUCUGAGCUGCAGAGGGAGAGUUCGAGGACAGGAGCCCAACAGAGGGGACAUAGAUGACUCUUUGGGGAAGUUUUCUCUCACCCUGAUUGACACUCUUGAUACCCUGGUGGUGCUGAACAAGCUCGAUGAGUUUGAGGACGCAGUGAGGAAGGCUGUUAAGGAUGUACGCCUGGACAACGAUGUGGUGGUUUCAGUGUUUGAGACCAACAUCAGAGUUUUAGGUGGGCUUUUAGGGGGUCAUGUGAUGGCUGACCUGCUACGGCAGCGUGGAGACAGGAUGCAGUGGUACCGCGAUGAGCUGCUACACAUGGCCAAAGAGCUGGGCCAUCGAUUACUCCCUGCCUUUAACACCACAAGUGGCCUUCCCUACCCUAAGGUGAAUCUGCGGUAUGGUGUCCUGAACCCACUCUCACGAACUGGCACUGAAUCAGACACCUGCACAGCAUGUGCAGGAACGAUGAUCCUGGAGUUUGCUGCCCUCAGCAGACUGUCAGGAGAGUCUGUGUUUGAGGAACAUGCGAGGAAGGCUCUGGAUGUCCUCUGGGAGAGGAGACAGAGAGGAAGUGACUUAGUGGGGACUGUCAUCAAUAUCCAUAAUGGAGAAUGGGUCCGGAGGGACAGUGGAGUUGGUGCCGGUAUCGACUCAUACUACGAGUAUCUGAUGAAGGCUUACAUUCUUCUGGGCGACAAUGUUUUUCUGGAGAGGUUCAACGUUCACUACAGUGCCAUUAUGAAGUACAUCAGUCAGCCUCCCUUGCUGCUCAAUGUACACAUGCACAACCCCACUGUGAGUGUGCGGAGCUGGAUGGACUCUCUCCUAGCAUUCUUCCCUGGCUUACAGGUUUUGAGAGGAGAUCUGAAACCAGCCAUUGAGACUCAUGAGAUGCUUUACCAAGUCACCAAACAACACAAGUUUCUUCCAGAGGCUUUCACCACAGAGUUCAGAGUUCAUUGGGGCCAACACCUACUGAGACCAGAAUUUGCAGAAAGCACCUACUACCUCUAUAAGGCCACUGGCGACCCGUACUACCUCAGAGUGGGACAAUCCAUAGUGGAAAAGCUCAACGCCUACGCCAGGGUGCCUUGUGGGUUUGCUGCUGUGCAGGAUGUCCGCACCGGGACGCAUGAAGACAGGAUGGACUCGUUCUUUCUGGCAGAGAUGUUUAAAUACCUGUACCUGCUGUUUUCGGAGAAGAGCCAGCUGCCAAUUAAUAUCGACGACUACAUCUUCACCACAGAGGCUCACCUUCUUCCCGUCUCUCUCUCCACCACUCAGCCACCCUGUCACGGCAACAAUACGGAGACUGUUCCUGUCUCUCAAGAAGAAGAUCUGUUUACACACUCCUGUCCCAGCACAGAGACGUUGUUUCCCAACAACCCGUCAUUUGCCAAAACCAUCCGGGACAGCUACAAGUACCUCACUGGGGUGGGACGAGCUUUCCACCCUCUGCCCGUCAGGGAAAUCGAGCUACCGCUUCACGAUAACGGCAUGGAGCCAGUGGAGUUCUUGAAAAGCAUGGGCAUUUCUCUUACCCCGCUGAAUGAAGUCACUGCAGGAGACACUGGAAUUCUGAAGGAGCAUAAAGGAGUGUACCGAGUAAAACUUGUAGCAGAAGUAAGCCAGGUGCCAGAGGAGGAGGUGGUGGUGCCUCAUGUUGUCCAGCUCAUAUCUCCUCCGUUUCUGGGGAGGACAGUCCUCACUGCGGGACCUGCCAAGUUUGGAAUGGACCUCACAAAGCAGGAGCACGGGGUGAAGGGCAGCAUCGUCAAAGCUUCCCCAUACACAGCAUGUGGGCCAAUAGAUAAUGCAGCGGAGCUUAAAGGCCACAUCGCACUGGCGCUGCGUGGUGACUGCAUGUUUGCUGCAAAGGCUCGUUGGCUUCAGGAGGCAGGAGCUAUCGGAGUCGUCUUUAUAGAUCACCGUGAGGGGAGUAAUAGUGAGGAAACUCCCCUCUUCCAGAUGGUUGGAGAUGGUGACUCCACUGAAGACAUCACUCUGCCUUUGGUGUUCCUGUUCAGCCGCGAGGGCGCCGUGCUCACAGGUGCCCUGGAGAAGCAUCGCAAUGUGGAUGUGCUACUGCUGCCUAAGGAGAGGCAGCUUGGGCACGAUAAGGCAGAAAAACCUGUCAGCAUGAACAUAAAACUCCGCCUGGCAGAGGAAGGGGAGCUGGAGGACGGAGCAGCUGGAGGCCCCACCCUGGAGCUCGUCUUAGAGAACGAUGAGGUGCUUCUUAAGGAAGCGGUGGAAGAAGAGCUCAGAGGAAAUCGACAAUCACAGCAGCAGCAUCAUUUCUGCACUAAAGCAACAGAAGAUGACAGAACUGAACCAUGUUCAGCAGAUUCAUCUGCAGCCUCAAACUCUAACAGUGGACCAGACACAAAUCCUUGAUCCUGAAGCAGCCAAGUUUCCGAACACUGACUCUUUCUGAAUGGCUUGUGCCUCAGAGCCCCUCACUGCCCUACAGCACAUGGAGCCCUAACUGACACAUCCUGCAUGUUUACAACUGAUGGAGGACAGUCAAGGAGCAUGACAGCCCCACCCACAUCUCACCUUGACUUUGACACCUUCAGAUGGCUCCAUAGUUCUCCGACAGUCAACGUAGAAACUCUGUUCUGUGUGGUGCAGGAAAUGAAGGAGUUUAUGAUCUCAUGAGACUAAACUAGGUAGUCAAAAGCUGUUGGUUAACAAGAAUUGGCUGUUGCAGCCUAAAUCUAAACCUAAACCUAAACCUAGCCUGUAGUGUUGCUGUUGUAGGCACAUAGAAGGUGUUCGUGGUGAUGACGACGUAGAUAAUGGAGUAGAAUUUAAAGACCUCAUCCUCGAGAAACACGUAGAUUAAGGCAACAAAAAAAUGUGCUCAGCUACAUUUUUAUGCAAUAUGUUUUUAAUCGAGAUUGCACCUUUUACUUCAACAAGUACUCUUUAGGUGCUCCGCAACGGUGAGUGGAACAUUACCUGGCCAGUAGGUGGCGUAAGCUACCCUAACUUCUCAGUAAUAUAAGCGGAUGAAGGAGACGAACUGGGGCUAAUUUGGAAGGUUUAUUUUAUUUCAUAAUAGUAAGAAACUUCAGGGAAUUUCAAGAGUGAAUGCAGUUUGCAAGUUUGACCCAUUUGAAGAAACAUUUGUGUGUGUGUGUGUGUGUGUGUGUUCUGCAUUGCCUUUUUUUGCUAUGAUGUGAGCAUGUGAGUGAGUGAGUGAGUGUGUGUGUGUGUGUGUGCGUGCGUGCAAGGUGUGUAAAUAUCUAUAGUACCCAAGAAGGCAUCUCAGUUAGAACAUCACUGCUAUCAGACGAAACACAGGAGGAUGGACCACCUUUAAUCUCCUGAAGUUCAGUUUGAAUUAUUUGGCUACUUUUCCAACCCAUAAAUAACAGAGAGGUUAAUAUUGUCUUCUUGUAAACAUUGAAAAAGUUCUCCAAGCUGAUUUUCUUGCAACUUGAAGUCGACAGAUAACUCUGGUUCUGGGUAGUUCCAGGUGCAGCGCCACAGGUUGGUCUGCGGUUCCGACUGCUAUGCACUUUGAAACACUGGUAUAUGAGACGACCAUUCAGCCUGUUUUUACAUUUGUUUGUGUGUGUGUUGCAGUAACAGUUUGAAUUGCCUGCAGUCAUUCAGUGUCACAUUUGCACUGUGGAAUGAUGCAAUGUUUAUGUCCACAUUCAAUCUACGGAGCAUUUUACGUGGUUAGUAUUAAAACAGAACAAAAUGUUAGACUUUGGGAUCACUAGGGUUGAUGGAGUGUGGGAAGGUUUUUGCAUGAACUGGAAACAUCAGUUGAAUCGUUUCCAAAGUAUGGUUGAGCUCUUUCCUCAAUGCUUGUUGCAUCCAGAUUUGUUUUUUUUUUCAGGAUUUAAACGUCACACACUCCACACAGACGCAACCAUUUCCAGUUACGUCUUCACGCAGCAGUUCAGAACCAAGCAUAGUUCUUAAAUAAGUUAUGUUUUAUUCACUUUAUUAUCACUAAUGAUUUUGGACUUUUGUGGUGUAUUGAGCUGAUGUUUGUGUGGGGGAAAAACUCACACCAGAUCAUGUUUUAUUUCUGUACAGUGGACCGUUAAAUAAUGCUGCUGAGCUAAUUUAAAGUCUUAAUCCAACAUACUUUGUUUUUUUUGUUUAGCCUUUGUGUUUGCCCACCCGUAUACCUCAGGACUCUGUACAUUACUGUUCAUACAGAUGAAAGGACCACGGGCAACAAACAGGAUUCCUUUUUAUUUUAUUUUAUUUUGUUCAUUUUCAUUUCUAAGGUGUUUUUUUGGUCGAUGACUUAAGCUCAAAAAGUGCCAAAAGAGAUGCAUGACAUCUUCUCUGUGUUGAUUUUCUGAGAUGUGAGCUGAGGCGGUCUUGUCAAUAAAUUCAACAUCGUGAUUUCCA